AUGACUCAGGGUGCCGGCGGUGUCUCCAGUGGCGGCGGGGUCGGGGGGUUCAGUGGAGGGGGGUUCAACAGGCACCACCACCACAUCACCCACCACACUUCAGAAGUAGGAGAGGGAGGAGGAGAGUGUGGGAAACGUUGCUGCUUCUUCGUCGUUCUCGGCAUCAACAUCAUCAGCUUCACUCUGUGCAUCAGGAAGAUGUCCCGCUACCUCCGGAUCGCCCUCCUCUGGCUGUAUGUAGCCACUGCCGUCCUCACCGCCGGACUUCUCAUCAGUCUGAGAAUCCUCGGCACCAACAAGUUCAAGGCAGCGCCGACGGACAUGCGCAAAGUAGAAACUGGGGUCAACAAUGCCUUCUGUGAGAGCUACACUCUUAAAUCCAGCGAUCCUUUCGAAGCCUUCAUCUUUGACAAGGAACCCGUCGUCGAUCCACGCAGAAUUGAGGAAUUUAGUACAAGCUAUGUCAUGAGCCUACAGAGCAACAAUUACAAUUACUGGGGGUUCUAUCUCCUCCCUGGGUCCACACUACAGGUCAACAGCACCAACGAUGUUGCAGCAUCGGCGACCCCCAUCGUCAUCCAAGGAGACAGCAACCUUCAAACAUGGCUGGACAGUAAGGGAGACUGUAGUGACUGUUAUAUCUAUAAACAAUACAUGCUACGACAUCACUCAUAUACAAUGAACUGCAAGGAAACAGACAACUAUUUCUUUGUUUACAUUAACGGUGGAAUAUUUGAUGUCUCAUCGACGGCAAACGUUUUUAUCAGGCGGACUUUGUACGAUGUGACGAAAGCGACAUCCGCUUGUGCGUUUUUGCCAGGUCAACGGUCGUGCCGCUUUGAUAUGUCCAUUAACCUAGAACAGAGCCUUGUGUUUCAUAGCGGUCGGAGAGCCUUGAACCAGAGCAUUGACAUGUCGGGCAGCUGUGGGGCAAGGGCGUGGAUGUAUGUGAUCGUGUUUGCCCUCAUUCCGAUCCUGGUGGCUGGAAGUGUCUCCUUCCUCAUCUGGAUGUUCUGCAAGGAUGACAAGACGGAAGAGAAACAAGCCUUGGUGCCUGAUCCAGGAUCCAAGGAACAGAACAGUAAACUGUUAACAAAAAACGUGCUGGUCGCUUAUGACACGUGUACAACUGUUCAAUAA